CUUACUUCUUCUUUCAAAACUGUGGAAACUAAUAUAAGCUAAGCUGAGCUAUUAGAACUUCAAUUAAGCAAAGUAGUGAAGUACAUAGCUAAGUAGAGCUUUCAUUUAUAUACACACCAAAAUCAAACAUGUCUAGCGGAAGCAGAUCAUCAAGGCAGCGAUCUCACUCUACAAGGAUCUCCGACGAUCAAAUCAUCCAGCUUGUUUCCAAGUUGCGCCAACUUGUUCCAGAGAUUCGCAACAGGCGCUCCGACAAGGUAUCGGCUUCUAAGGUGCUGCAAGAGACUUGCAAUUACAUAAAAAACUUACACAGAGAGGUUGAUGAUUUAAGCGAGCGUUUGGGUCAGUUGUUAUCCACAAUUGAUGCUGAUAGUGCUGAAGCUGCCAUCAUUAGGAGCCUACUUAGCAACUAAUUAAUUAAUAAUAAUAAUUUUCUGCUUAUUCAAGGAGAUAUAUAUAUAUGUAUAAUGCAAGAGUGAGUGGUGUACUUGAAAUUAUUUGGUAGAGAGUGAAGUAUGUACCUUCCAUAUGGCAGGUAGGGCACUUUGUUAAAUAGGGUUCUUGAAUGAACAUUAAGUACUUUGUACUAAAGAAAGCUAUAUCAUCAUCAUGCCUCUUUUAUU